UGUUGCCUUGAGUUGCCAAGCGGGACGUUCGAUUAUGCAGCAGCUCUGACACUGGUAAAUCUGUUUCUGGCCUAAAUGGCGUGUAAGAUCCACAUUCCCCAGUCGUACUUCCGGAGACUCAGGAAGUGGUGUUCUCGACAGGCCCGGAGAUUCUGGCGUACAUCUCGAGUAGCUGAUGACGAGGUUAACCAUUACAAGAAGACACAGAGAAAAGCACUUGCAUCAAGCUCUUUCAAUGGGUCACAGAAGCCUACUCUGGACUUAAAGGGCUUCCUUACCCCCACCCCAGGGGAUUACAACAUAGGCCCUCGAGCUGGAGUGUGUGGGUGUGGUGCCCCGGCCGGGCAACACCCUCUUCUCCCAUCAAGGUCUGCACACGCAGCCCAAACCUGUAGUGAACUCCCACCCACGUCUAGCCAGUCAGCUACAGAGGUCAAGGACACGGUGGAAGUGUCCAGUCUGCCUGAAUGCAGAUACUCUAUCCACGGACACUUCCACCAAGGUCAUAUUCCAGAAGUGUGGAGCCCAUCAAGGCAUGCUGGCACACAAUGCACCUCGAUGGCAUUUACCGCCAUUGUUGCCAGUUCGGUUGUCCCUGUGGGUCUCUGGACUCCAGCCACACUGGACAGUGUCCUCGUCAUAGGGGACCGUCUUCAUGACACCAUGCUCGGCACGAUGGGAAGUAAGGCUCCUAUCAGCAAACAUCUGGCAGCAGAUGAGAUGUUGGAGGAGCCUGAAGACUCCCAGUCGAGAUGGCCUGUCCAGUGCAGCCGAGUAAGCGAAAUGCAGGGACUACUGUACCCUGGCAACAUGGACUCGAACUCCCUAAGGAGCCAGCUGACCUGGGAAUGGAUGCCAGGUCAGCCCCUCAGGGAUUUCGGGGAUGCGGUGGGGAGGGUGUUCAAUGCCCAGGACUGCCAGGGAGCAGUUAUCACCUUUAACGGCAGAAGCUCGGCCUUGCUGCAGAACCCUGCUGGUGGCUGGGUGGUUGUGGACAGCCAUGCCAAGGAUGUUUUGGGCGCCACUGACGUUGAUGGGAAGGCGAGUCUUCUGAGGUUCCCUUCCCUGAGUCACGUGGUGGCCUAUUACGGUGGUAUGGCCACACGACCCACUCAGUACUCGGUGACAGGGUUCAAGGUCGAGUCGAUGUCGCAAGGGGGAUAAUCUCGCUGGCAGUACCCUCCCCCAGCAUUUGGGAUGCCAUCACCUAGGGCUGCAUUUGUCCCUCUGAGUGGCUGAGGAAAGGGCAAGAGAUGCUGCUGACUGAUCGGGCACCCAAAACACUUCUGUGAUAGUGACAGUGUCAGUGACAGGAUUGGAGUUUAUGCUGGCUGGUGAUCACCUGGAGGUGCAGUUGUUCCUUUGCUGGACUUGGACACCCGUUGAUGGUAUUACACGCCUUGUUGUGAUAGUGACAUCUGCAUGAAUGGAAAUUUUGUACUGCCACCUGGAUGUGCUGGAUACAAGAAUAUAAAUAGGAUACUACCUGAUGGAACACUACUUUCCUUCAAGACUGGGCAUGGGGAAACUUACAUAAGCUUACAUUUGUCAAUUUUAUGAUGAACAUUAUGCAGUGAAGAAGAUGCGAAAGUUUAAAUGGAGACCAAUCUCUCAAAAAUAUCUACUUGAUUUUAGUUUGCACGUUAUACUUUUUUAUGAUAUACAAUUACAAUAUGUAAAAAAAAAUCUAAUUCUACUAAAAUCAUAGAAGUUAAUGUGGAAAUUUUCAUGGUGUUAUUUCAGAAAAAAAAAGUAUUUGUUGUUGCAGUUCAUGUUCUGUUUUGUGAAUAAAACUUUGUUCAAAUAAUAUCUAGCCCUUUGUGUUGUAUAUGUUUGUGUCAGACGGAAGAA